AUGUCGUCGCAGAGGGUGCACGAAGAGGAUGAGCGGAUGAUCGGAGCUGUGGAGAGCGGCAUGUUCGCUUCGAAGCUCGGCGCGAAUAUGCGCGGCCGGCUGAUGACUAUCGACGCGCUUUUGGAGAUGCGACAGAAUAACCGCCAGCGCCGCACGCGUACCAGUGCGCAGCGGAACUCGGUGAGUCGUGCUUCGCCUAACUUGAGCCGCCGCAUCGCGCGCCUGCGUACGCAGCUCCACCGCCGCCUAAACAGGUCGUUUCGCCGCAGGAGUACCAGCGCCAAGGCAUCAAUGGCUACAGGAUUCUCAGUGCAUCGCAGCGUAAGCUCAACAUCAGGAAGCAUGACUGGAGUGAGCUUUACAAAAGGCUCGGAAGCGGUUUCUUUGACUGGGGAUGCACCUUCUUGCGCGUAG